AUGGACCUAUUACUUCCAUUUAAAGUUGGAGAUGCUAUAGAGACAAGAUCCUAUGGCGCUGGUUAUAGGGGCGCAUGGUUCCGUGGCAAGCUCACCGACAUGCGUAUCAGGGAAGGUCACCUGGAGUGUCAGGUGGAGUAUAUAGACUAUCCAGAUGAAAAAAGGAGAUGGACUAGACUGUACAAAGUUCCCCCAAAAUGUCGUAAUCAGAAAGCAGGUCAAAAUAGGGAGAUCAUGUUACGACCUCGUUUUCCUCAGUGGUGUUGGGAGAAUGAUAUUCUUGAGCAUUGGCCACAGACGGAUAUUGUAGCAGUUGUAAGCAGUCCUUGGAAAGUAGGUGACUUGAUUGACUGGUGGUACAAUGAUUGUUUCUGGACUGGCAAAAUUAUCGAGUUUCUGGGUGAAGACAAAGUUAUGAUAAUUUGUCCUGAGAUACCAAUAGGUGAAGGUGGAUGCUGGGCUGCCGAUACCAAGGACCUUAGGCCAGUGCUUGAUUGGUCCCUCUUAGAAGGUUGGAGCACCCCUCUUUCACAGGAAAACAACAAAUGCUGGCAUACUGCUCGUCUGAUUGAAGGGAACCAAGGUUGA